UCUAACAAAGUUAAUAUAGUAAAAAAAAAAAAAGUGAGUCGUGUAAGUUAACUGAAUGAACCUUGUGUGUAUUAUUAUAUAUUAAAAAGCAAACUAAGCCGUUUUGUUUUGCUAGCGUUUGCUAGGAGAGCCACUGCUGCUGAUUUGUCGCUUACUUUUAUGUUGUAUUUAACUGAAUGAGCGUUUUAGUUGCUAGGUAUUUCUUUCCAUAUUAGCUUCUCUGAGUCUAGCCUGUCGGAUUGUUCACAUGGACACGUCGACACGCUUUUUCUCCAAGUUACGCAGUCUGGCUGUGCUUUUAGACACAGAAAGAGCCAAUCUGGAGCACACUGCGAGCCUGGACCUGGACCAAGACUAUGAUGAUGCCGAAAGUGGCGCAGUCCAAGCACUACAUGAGCUCCAUUCUGAAGUUCGAGGACUUAAGAAACGGGUCCAAGGCCAAGUGGCAUCUCGGGAGGAUGGGAGUACUGAGCUGAGGAGCUUCGUUAAAGCCUGUAUGGUGCUGAAACAGAGGACUACAGAGGACAUUGAACGAAUUCAGAGACACUAUGAAAAAUAUGGCUACAAACCGCAGAAAGCCUGCCCGAAGCCAGAAGGCGAGGCAGAUGCAAGAUGUUCUGUAGAUGGUGAGCCCGAGGGAGAGCUAUCUGUAGAGAUAGCGGGAGAUGAAGACGAGCCGGUUGAAGCUCCAGAGUGUAAAACACCCGAGAAGAUGGCACCUCCAGCUGUUGACCCAAUGCGCACUCCGCAGCUCUCGGAUUUCGGCCUGUCUGCGCUUCACCUGCAGAUGGUGCUUGGCAAUUCAGAAACGUUUCAUGGUUUAGCUCCAGCUGUGGCUCUCACACCACCAUCGCUUGACCUCAUGAUGAUACACGAAUCCCAACCAAAGACACCAAAGUGCUCUCUGAUUAUGGACGAGGAGGCCCUGACCCCUCGACUGGAAGACUUUGGCAUCACAGAAAGCACAAUGUGUUUUAAUAACGAUUUUACCAUGGACCUGUUUCGCAAGCGACCACCAAAAGACAGGCAGACUAACAGCACAACACAAGAGAUUGCUCAGAGAGAACCACACAGCCUGCCUACAUCUCCAUCUUGUGUCCCCCGUGGGAGGCUUUCUGCCGACAGCAUGGAGUCCCCAGAGGUGCCUUUGUUUUCUACGCUGGAGAUUAAGAUGAAUAAACAACUCGGUCAAUCAUAUUCUCCGCCAAACAGAGCGAGCGAUCCCGGUUCCCCCUCUCGUCUGAGUGCUGCCCCUGCUACGCCUGAACUCCCUACGUUUGAGACCCCUUACGUCGGCAAGCUCAUCAGUGCCAGAAAGGAGACCAAACGCAACAAAGUAGGGGGUCUUACAGGCUCACCGAAGAGCACGUCGUACCAAAACGAAGGCCCGUCUGUCAGAGUUUCAUCGUCUGAAAAGCCACAAAUGCCAGUCGGCCUUUCUCAGAUGGAGGAGACCAUGCCCGAAAUGCCAAGACUGCAGUCCUUCUUUAGCAGCACUUUACCUCAUAUAGGGGCCGGUGAUCGGUCAGCAGUGACCGAGCCCCCAGGUCCUCCGCUUCAAGCUGAUGAACACACACAGGAUUGGUGUCUGGCCACACCACGCAUCCGCAUGGAGUUUGACGUCGAGCCACGCACACCUGAGAUGCCGGAUAUGAGCUCCAUCACACAGGAUAUCUUUAAACUUGUGGCUCAGGCUAAUAAGCAACAACCCACCACUACAUCAGUACUUACAAGCUCAAAGACUAAUCUGAACACACUGGCCCCUGGGAAGGAAAACAGAACUCCGAGUGUUGCUCAAGUAUCUGAAAAAGAGUUUCAUGGGCUGGCAUCUUACAUGAAACAGAUCCCCCUCACCAGUCUCAACUCCGCACUCAACAAAAUCAACCAAGUACUUGACAAGCGGCGCAGAGACGGUCUACCAAACUCUGAAGAAUUUCACACGGAAGAUUUGAGGAAGAUCUUGGACGUGGGGCCUCAGACUCCCAUGUACAUCUUUUGUCUUCUUGAGCUGAAAAGGUUGGAGAAUGUGCAGGGAUGUGGAAGAAAUGCAAUUUUUAAGAUCCUAACUAAGACAUAAGCAAUUAAAGCAAAUUGUUCAAAAGUCUUUUUGUCACAUAAACAGAAUCUGAUGCCGAAUUCUCAUAUCUUCAAUGACGCCCCAUCCGAGCGUUCUUCUGCUUCAGUGCCAGAUGUUGCAGUUGUAGUUAAUUAUUUGAAGUACAUUGUGUAGUAAAUGUAUAUUAUCCUGAUAAAAUAUAUAUAUUUGCGUGUAUGAUUUCUACUCCUCUUAGCUGUUUUUUAUGUAAACAUUUCAUCUCGAAAUAUUUUAGAAUCACUUGCUUUAAUACACAGUGUGCAUUCAGUGGUUUGUGGAUUAAGCCGUGUCUUUUUAGAUGCAAGAAGAGGCUUGGGAAGCAAAACAACUGCCUUUGUGUUCAUUUUAUGUGUAGUACUAAAUAAAGUUUAGACAACUUCCAACAGAUUGAAAAAUAAAUGACCUAAAAGCCCACUUCUAAUAUUCUAAUAUUAAGAUGAUAAAGUAGAGACCUUGUUUAUGCACAGAAAAAGAUGUAAACACAUGCUUUUUUCAAUUGCUGAAAUGCAGUAAACAUUUAGGUCCUUCAAGUUCCUUUUACUCGAAUGUCCAGGUCGGUAAGUUGUGAGGCAUAAUGCAUGAGGAUCGGUGGUGGCUGGUGGUUAUUAAUCUUGAGGAAGCACAACUGUGUGUUAUGGACAUACACGUUUAACAUGAAAAAUCAGUCUAUAUUAACGCGCUUGUUGUGAUAUGUUGCUAUAUCUAUACUAACAGCUCGUUCACAGGAAUUUUUAGGAUGGAUGCGAGGCAUAAUUUAAGACAAAUAUAUAAUAAACACAGCCAAUCGAUUUUACUACAUCAAGACAGCUUUUUUCGUUCACUGAGUUUUGAAUUAAAGUCUGCCGCCUUAUUUCAUUUUAAGUCUCUCUUCAUAAGCAGGAGCAUCAAAAGACUUUUGUAAAAUCAGGUGAAGCUUAGCAGUGUCAAAACAUAGCUAAGCUGCUAGCUGGCUAGACUUAAACCACCUAUUUUAGAAAUGAAUACAAAUAAUCAAACAGAACUUUUAUACUUGCAGGUUAUUUACAAUAUUUACUAAUUACACCACUGGGGCAGAUAUGUCUGAGUUUGAGAGGUCAGUCAUGUUCAUUUCGAUUUCAGUGUUUGGCCCCUUUGAGAGAUGCACAGGCUUCACCGAGUGUGUAUUAGUUCUGCGUUAGGGGCGAAGGAAGGAAAAAUCUUUCACCCAGGCGGCGUUGUCAACCAAAAAGUUUGACUUAAAUGAAUGAACAGUGAGAUAUUUCAUUGAGAUAUUUUGAUUCCAUUCAUGUAUAGACCAAGGGUGUCCCAAAUCCGGUCCCAGGACCAAACGCCAAACUCGGACAGACGUUACUUGCCUAUUAGGUAGAGAACCCAAUACACUGCAUUUUUUUUCUUUACAAGUCUUUAUAAAUAAAAGCCUUUUUUCUCUCUGACUACGUCUGCAAAUUAAUUUACAGGAUAUUUAAUCAUUGUUAGAGGCACAAACUUAACAGUGAGAGCAGCUGAUUUCCAAAGAGCUGGAAACCACCAAGCAUGGAAAAUGUUUUGUAAAUUCUUCAGUCUCCUUUUGUUUCAAGUCCCAAAGUGGAUUCACUAACAAGUAUUUAAAGUGAUAAUUUGAUUUUAUAUUGUGAGUUUGUCCAAUUACUUUGGUCCCUGAAAUAGGACCACCCCUGGUAUAAACUUUGGGAAAAAUUUCAUAGCUACACGUUAGUGACAUUUUUAGGGGUAGGGGAAGCGGAGCUCCCUGUGUAGUGUUGAAGCAAUCGCAUGUGAUGAAGACACAAUGAUGACUUGUGAUUAAUGGUUAUACAAGCAUUUGUAGAUCACUGAAUAACUGUAAUAUCCCUAUACGUCAUCUACAGAUCUAUCAAUUUAAUGGACAGGUGGUAAUACCUGAACAGUCAAAUAGGGAAUAGCCUGAGGACUGGUGGCUUGAUUGUGAGACCAAAUCAUCCUUAGGAAUCCUAUUAAAAGAUAAUAACAACCUCUGAUAAGGACCUGAACAUUCAUUACUCACAACUACACAAUUAAUAAAUGUAUCUUAACUGCUACAUAUUUUUCUGCAUAAAUACCAUUGUAUUGCCAGUGUGUAAAUGGGCAAACAGUCACAUUUUAAUG